AAAUGAUGAUUGCUGAGGAUUUUGAUAGUGAAGUUUAUGAUACUUCACUUGAUAAAUUUAAAACAUAUGAGGAAUACUUGGAUUCUCACAUCACAAAGGAGGAUCUAUUUUAUUUAGAAGACAUCGAAUUGGCCAGAUAAUUGAAAGAGCAAGGUUAUCAUGCGAAGACAGAAAUUUUGAGUCGCGAACAAUUUGAGGCCAAAAAGAAGGCUGUGGAAGAAGCUAGAUUAAACUAAAAUAAAGAUAAAACUAAGGCACUUGCUCACACUGAAGUUAGUGAUCCUUCUAUUAUUGAAAAAUCACCUUUUUUGAGAGCUUUGGCUGAAAGGUAAUUGAUAUUUGUAAAUAAUAGAGAGUUGAAAGUCUUGAAUGGAAAAUUGUUAACAAUUAUUUUUAUUAGAUUGGAAUCAGCUAAUUGCGAAGUAAGCGGUUACAUUGAUUAUGCACAUCGUUUGAAAACUGAAGAUUUUAAAAUAUAUUUUGAAGGGAAGAAAAAGUUGUAACCCAGACCAACGGAUCUGUCUUAUUAUAAUUGGAGGACUGGGUAGUGCGUUUCAAAUGAUUCUCCUAACUUCAAAGUGGAUGCUAAUUCUGGAUAACAAGGGUUACUAUUUAGAAACAAAAGAGAUAGAAAAGUAUUAAUUUGGCACUAUUCACAAAGGUUAUUAAUGUGGAUCCAAAUAAAAAACCAGAAGAUGGAAUGACAAGGACUGAAAUAGAAUCUCCAGAAGCAAUUUAAAUCGUUUUGUACGACUAUUACACAAGAAAAAAAUGA